AUGUCUGACAACGGAGAACUGGAAGACAAGCCGCCAGCUCCUCCUGUCCGGAUGAGCAGUGUUAUCUUCAGUUCAGGGGUCAAAGACCAGUUGUCUGUCAACCACAGUUUGAAACCCCUGCCCUCUGUACCUGAAGAGAGAAAACCUAGGAAUAAAAUCAUCUCCAUAUUCUCUAGCACUGAAAAAGGAAGCAAGAAGAAGGAAAAGGAAAGACCAGAAAUCUCCCCACCAUCAGAUUUUGAGCAUACCAUCCAUGUUGGCUUUGAUGCUGUUACAGGCGAGUUCACUGGAAUGCCAGAGCAAUGGGCUCGGUUGCUUCAGACCUCAAAUAUUACAAAGCUAGAACAAAAGAAAAACCCCCAGGCGGUACUAGAUGUGCUGAAAUUCUAUGACUCCAAAGACACAGCAAAACAGAAGUAUCUGAGUUUUUCCGCUCCAGAAAAAGAUGGUUUCCCUUCAGGAACGCCAACCGUGAGUACCAAUGCCAAAGGUUCAGAACCAUCAACAGCUGUGGCAGAUGAUGAUGAGGAUGAUGAAGAAGCUCCUCCUCCUGUUAUUGCUCCACGGCCAGAUCACACAAAAUCGAUUUAUACACGGUCUGUGAUUGACCCCAUCCCUGCACCAGCCAGUGACACUUCUGUUGACAGUGUGUCAAAAUCAGGUGAUAAGCAAAAAAAGAAGGCCAAGAUGUCAGAUGAAGAGAUCAUGGAAAAACUGCGCACUAUUGUGAGCAUAGGAGAUCCCAAGAAAAAAUACACCAGAUAUGAAAAAAUCGGGCAGGGGGCUUCAGGUACAGUUUUCACAGCUAUUGAUGUGGCAACAGGGCAGGAGGUUGCUAUUAAACAGAUAAACCUGCAGAAACAGCCCAAAAAGGAGUUGAUUAUUAAUGAGAUCUUGGUGAUGAAGGAGCUAAAGAACCCAAACAUAGUCAACUUCCUGGACAGUUACCUCGUAGGAGAUGAAUUGUUUGUGGUGAUGGAGUAUCUAGCUGGAGGCUCACUAACAGAUGUGGUCACAGAAACAUGUAUGGAUGAGGCACAAAUUGCUGCUGUUUGCAGAGAGUGCUUGCAAGCCCUUGAGUUCCUGCAUGCCAACCAGGUCAUCCACAGGGACAUUAAGAGUGACAAUGUGCUGUUAGGAAUGGAUGGAUCAGUUAAACUGACCGACUUUGGUUUCUGUGCUCAGAUCACUCCAGAGCAGAGCAAGCGCAGCACUAUGGUUGGAACUCCUUACUGGAUGGCUCCUGAAGUGGUCACACGUAAAGCAUAUGGCCCCAAAGUGGAUAUCUGGUCUCUGGGCAUCAUGGCUAUUGAGAUGGUGGAAGGGGAACCCCCAUACCUCAAUGAAAACCCCCUGAGGGCUUUAUAUCUGAUAGCAACUAACGGCACACCAGAGCUACAGAACCCUGAAAAACUGUCCCCAAUAUUCCGGGAUUUCUUGAACAGAUGUUUGGAGAUGGAUGUAGAGAAAAGAGGUUCAGCUAAAGAAUUGCUACAGCAUCCCUUCUUGAAACUGGCCAAACCUCUGUCUAGCUUGACGCCACUGAUUUUGGCAGCCAAAGAAGCAAUGAAGAGUAACCGCUAA